AUGGCACCCCUUCCAACACACGUAGCACGAGCUGUGCUUCAAUUUUCCUCGAGAGAUAUUGGAGACAAUACGAAUGAAGGUCAAGAUGUAUCGAUAUCCGAAGGAUUGGUUUUGCAAAAACUCGCAUUGACAUUUGCAACUGCUAGUGUUGCUUCUUCGAUUCUAGCUUUUUAUUGGUUUGUUAGAAUGAGACGUUCGUUCAGACACGAUCUCAUUAUGCUAUUAAUUCAAAGUGAUAUGUUUAAAGCUUUGUGGUUUAUGGUUUUUCCAAUCGUUAUCUUUUUACAUGGUCCUGUAGCAGAUGAUUCCAAAUUUUGUCAAAUAAGUGGAUUUUUCUUAGCUUUAGGAAUUGAAGCGUCAGGUUUGAGAUACUAUUCCAUACGUGUAUCAACAUUUAUUGAUUCGAGUAUAGAUAUUUCGGUUCUGAUGGUUGCUGUACAUACUGCGUUGUAUAUUUUCAGACCUAGAUCCUCGUCUGGUGAAGGGGGUCUCUAUCCAUAUCGUAGGAUAGCUUACACCAUUUGGAUAGUCUUUCCACUGUUAACAGCGUCUCUGGCUUUUGUCAAUGAUCAUGAAGCUUAUGUUGGUCAAGGAACGUAUUGUUAUCUACCAGUACGACCGUUUUGGUAUCGGUUGGCUUUAAGUUGGAUCCCUCGAUACAUUAUUUUCAUCACCAUUGUCACUGUUUAUGUUUCGAUAUAUUUCUAUGUACGAUUUAGGUUUCGUGGAUUCGAGAACAGUCAUUCUCAAGAUAGUUGUGAUUCGACCAGACGCAAUCAAGUACGAAGGAGUCUGCCUCCUCCAGCUCUAAUUCUUAAUGGACCCGUGACUGAAAUAAGGCGUCCUUCCGCUGCUUACGUUACCGAGAGAAGGAAACAAUCCUCGUCAACUUUGGAAUCCCUCGCCAAUAUGAGGAACAAUGCUCAUCAAUUUAUGUGGACUUCAGUAUUCCACUCUCGCAAUCGAACUCACUCCGUAUCUCCUCCAUCAGAGAUUUCUGCACCGGAUACUGACUCAUACGCUGGAGCAUCAACACCACAAAUCGUAUCCGAGAUAACCAGUCCAGCUCUCUUAAUGCCACAACAAAUACUCAAUCCACUUCCUCACGCUCAAUUGCGAAGUACAUCAUGGAGAGAAAGUAUUGCCAGGCGACUGUCUCUCGACUCGAAUGGUUCCGUUUACAUACAUCCCGCUGCCCUUCAACAACAAAAUGGAUCAGCCGAACAAGGAAAUCCUUACGAUAUGCAUCUUGUUAAUUCUCGCGGUCAAGAUUUAACGGUGUCGGAAAUGAUACGCACACGAGAGAAAAUCCGCCGUCAACUUAGAUUUCUAUUUAUUUACCCUUUGGUUUACUUGGGAAUGUGGACUAUCCCAUUUGUAUCCCACAUUCUACAAUUCAAUGAUAAUUUGGCGGUCAAUCCGCCGUUUGCGAUUAAUUUAUUAACUACAGUUUUUAUUUGUGCACAGGGUGCUGUGGAUUGUUGGUUAUUUUCCACCCGUGAGAAGCCGUGGAAACAUAUUCCCGGAACGGAACGAACAUUUUUCGGGAGUCUAAAAUUCUGGGUUAUCUUUUUUGGGGAGAGGAAGGAGAGACAAAGACAUGGGCCGGGAAAAACGAGGAAUGAAAUGGCUAGGGAAGCGCGACAAGCGUAUAAGAGAAGAGAUCAGGAGCUGGCGCAGAGGAGAUUCGAGGCGCAGGCGGGUAAUGGUGUAGUAAUGGAAAGAGGAAGAGGCGAUAGAAGUUGGUGGGAUGUUGAAGGGGCCGAUGGAUUGGGAACGGUUGGUGUUGGGGCCGGAGUGGCGGCCAUGACGCCUGUUCAGGAGGAAUUUUCGAUUUCGACGGAUGGGGAAUCUGAGGAAGUGAGUGGGCCUUCGGACCCGGUCCGAGAGCAUGAUCCCGUUAAUACGAGUGCCAACGACUCUGCAGUUAAUGGGAAAGAAAGAAACGGUGAUGUUUAA